CGUGACUUUGGGGAGCCAGAGGACCGUCAGACGUGUAGGAGGGAGGGUGUGUGUGUCCGAGGCUCCUGCGGCCCUUCACUGAGAGACUUGUAUCCAGGUGAAGGGAAGCGAAGGAAAAAGGAUAAAGAAGUAAAGACGGACUUAGUAAACUGUGGAAUAAAAGGGAUAAGUGCGAAAUAAAUAUAAAGUUUGUGUGUGAUGAUUUAAUGUGAAAAAUUUAGUAAGCAUGUGAAGUAUUUAGACUGGUAGAAAAAUUACUCGAACGAAAAUAAUAGAAUAAAAUGACAGACGGAUGAAGGAAGCAAAAGAAAAUAAGGAACAACAACGAAAUAAGUAAUAAAAAAGUAUGAAAAAGUUAAGUGUGUCGAUAGCAAUGUGAAAAAUAAGGAAGAGUGUGAAGUAUAUUGACUGGCGGAAAAGAGGAAGGAAGAAAAAAGAGAAAACGUUGAACUCUAUUAAUAAAAGAAUCAAGUGAAGAACAGAACAUAGAAACGAACAGAACUAUGUAAGAAAAAAAAAAGAUAAACAAAGCAGGAGAGGGAUUGCACAAAAAGAAACAGACAAACAAACAAUUGAACAAAAUCAGCUUGUCAAAAACGCACUUACAGUUUGUGGAAGAACCGUAAUUUUUUGUUGCAUAUUUCGUAAAGUGAAAAAAAUAAAAAAAUCCUAAGUUGGAACCGAUUUUGUUUACUACGAUUUCAAGUGUUAAGUGUGAAUAGUUGUGACAGAAAGAAGUACAGACUAACAAACAACAUCAGAUAUAUAAACACGACAACCAAACUGACUGAUAAAAAAGGAAUAAAAAAGAAAGAAAAAGAAAAAAAUAUGGAAGCUAAGCAAUAAAGAAAGAAUAAAAAAGAAAAAAAGAAGAAAAGUUAUAACAUCAAAGCAAAACUGAACCCAAAAAGAAAAGUAAACAAAACAAAACAUAAUCACACAGAACAACAUCUAAGAUUAACUCGUUUAUCUGAAUGAGCUUCGCGCCGGAUGGAGACGUGAACUACAGGUGAUUGAUGAGCUCUCUUACCUGUGGCUCGGGGGACGUGAGAAACAGGUGGUGGAAGGGAGAGAGGGAGAGAGAAGGGAAAGUGAGCACGACGGAGAAUUACGAGGUAGAAAGUAAAGGUUGACAGACGGAGGACAGAGUGAAAGAGAAGAGGAACGGAGAAAAAGUUGAUGAAAAAGGAAGAAAUAAACGUAGAUAGAAAAGAAGAAAGGCUAAUAAAAGAAGGUAAAAAGAGAAGAAACGAAUAAAAGCAGAUAAGUAAAGAAAAGACGGAGAAAAGUAGACAAUAAGAAGACAAAGUAACAAAUAUAAGUAGAUAAAAAAAGAAGAGAAAAGUAGAUAAUAAAGAAAAGAAAAAAGAGGAAAGGAGACAAAAAUUAAAAGGAACGUAUAAAAGUUGAUGAAAAAGAAAGAAUAGACGGAUAAAAAGAAAAAAACAAACUAGGGAAAUAGAUAAAUGACUGGAGAAGUUUUGGAAGUUAAAAUAAGUGAUUACAAAGACAAAGGAAAGAAUGAACAAGAGUAAAAACAGUUAACUAUAAUGAAUGAACAAAGGAAGAACAAAGACAGAACAGAAAUGAGAAUAAGAACAACAGAAAAUAAAUAAGUCGAGAAGAUUUGAAAGUUGUGCUAAAAACAAGAAAGAAAAAAAUAAAUAACAGAUGUAAUUAUGAGGUAGAAAGUAAUGACAGACGGAGAGGAUAGAAAAAAAGAAGAGAAAUGAGGAAAACAUGAAAUAAGCAGAAAAAAACAAGAAAAAAAACCAUCCAGUAAACAAACAAACAGGAAAAAUGUAGCAGAAUGAUAUAGACAAACGAAAAAGAAAAAAGAGGGAAAAUAGCAAAGUUGAUGAAAAUGAGAGAUAAGAAACAAUAAAAAAAAAAGAAUGUGAAAUGCUAACAAAAAUGAACAGUGUGAGUGAACGAAAGGAAAAGACAAACUGAUAAUAAUAAUAAAAAUAAAUUGGAGAAGUGAAGCAAGGAAGGAGGUAGUGGAAGAGAGAGGGAAACUUGUCUAAUCGUGUCUGUGCGUGUGUCUGUCUGUCUGUCUGUCUGUCUGUUUGUCUUAUCUUCAUCCCUUCCUCUCGCACCCCAAGGAAUACAAAACGACAAAAAAACAAAAAAAAAAAAAAAACAUUAGAGGGAAGAAAUAAGACAAACAAUUAAGACUGAAAACGGAAAGAAAAAAAAACCCAAAUGCUAAAGGAAAAAUAAAAGAAAACAAGAAAAUUAUAAAAAUACGAAUAUAGAAAAGUAAAAUAAAUAGCUGUUAAUAAAAGUUACAUUGAGAGGAAAAGAUAAAAGAGGACAAGAAAUGGAAGAAACAAAAAUUAUAAGAAAAGCAAGAAAAUGAACAACAAAUGAACAUAGAAAAGAAGAUAAAAAAGACAAAUAGACAAAAUAAAAACCAAACUGAAGACAACCAAAUAUUAAGAUGAAGACAAAAAAGAACCAACAUGAGAUAAUUGGAACCAGAAGACGAAGACGAAGAAGAAAAACAAACACGAGAAAACAAUAACAAGAAAAACAGAAAAAAACGAACAGAGAGAGCACCGCCAUGAUGGAUUCGAAAGAGUGGUUCAACCUUCGCCAGCUGUACCGAAGCAGAUUUUCGAACCCCAAAAUGAACUCCACGAAAUUCAGCCUCAAACGCAUCAAACAAGGCGCCGGGAUGUGUCUGGGUCGUGUGGGCGGCGUGGUGGGUGUGGUGGGGGCUGCUCUCAUCUUCCUGGGCCUUCUACAAGUGGUGUCCGGGACCUACUUCAUGCUGGCGCUGCCCAUCUUCCAGCUCGGCUCAAACCUCUGGACGGGAGCAUGGUCCAGUGUGUGCGGGCUCGUGGUGGGCGUGCUGGCGUGGCGGGGGAAGGCGCUGCAGAGGGGCCAAGUGGUGCUCGUGGCUACCCUGAGCGUCCUGGUGGCGAACGUGGCGAACCUGGUCAUUCUACAGGUGGGGGAGCAAGGUGUGUUUCUGACGCCUGACAACUGGAGGACCAUCGUGGGGAAGAACCAGGAGAACCAGCUGAAGAUAGCGCUGUGGCUGACGACGGUGCUGUCAGGCCUCGGGAUCGGCGUCAGCUUCCUGGGGGCGCAGUACCUCUUCUGCGCCGUGGUCCGAGGGCCGCGCGUGAAGGGGAGGAUGCCCGUCACCAGGUCCCUCUCUGACCAAGACCUGCAGAGGCGCCAGGACCCGCACGACUCCACGCCGUCGCUGGAGGACGUGGUGGCGCUGCCGGACCCCGCGCGCUCCUCGGCGUGGGUGUACCGCCCCGAGGAGGAGAAAGCCGCCGCGCCCCCCGGCCCCCCGGGGAUAGACCUACUGUGGGACUGCCCCGACGGUCCUCGAAGGGCCCCCGCCGCCCGCCACGCUUCCUUCGCCACGACAAGGUUCGCCCGCGUGCAUCAGCGGCCGCAAAGGGCGCAGACCUUCGCCGUCAGAAGGGACUUGCUGCUGCACGCCUCUGAAGGACGCAUCGCCCAGCCUCCCGCCCCUGUCCGAUGCCCGGAGCUCCCCGGCACACGCACGUGCCCGCGCUACGCCAAGCCCAGCAUGCGCCGCAUCUACAGGUCCAACUCGGUGAGCGACAAGACCCUGUUGGGGGAGGCCGCCGCCGCCGCCGCCGAGGCAGGGGCCGCUCUCAGCCGCAGGUUCCACGCGGGCUCCCUCGACGACCUGGACGUGCCGGCCGUGCUGGAGGUGGGCAUGACGCGCGAGGUGAGUCGCUCCGAGUACACGCUGGCCACUUGCAGGACCUCCUUCUGCACCGCGCCCUCUACGGCGGACGAGGGUGACGGCGACGAUGAGCUGGAGGAGGACGCCGCCCCGCCCGCCGCCACCAGCACGCCGGGGCCACAGCCAGAGGGCAAGGCCGUCCUCUCUUCAUUUAGCCCCAUCAGUCGCCCUGCCCCGCCGCGCCUCACCAAGCCCAAAGGUCCCGCCCCGCCACCCCCCACCAAGUCCAAGCCGCCCCCACCUCCUGCUGCACCCCUGCAGAGUGAACAAGCCCCGCCGGGCCCCACCAAACCACCAGACGAGACGGACGAGUUCAGCGAAGAUGAGAGUGUGGCAGCCUCGGUGGGCCGGGAGGCGGGGGCUGCGAUGCCGAGGGACCGCCGCUCACGCCUGCCCAGCGUCGAGGACAGCAACACUGACAGCAUCAGUCGUAAGCGCCCCGCCCCACAGCCGCGCACCUCUCGGCCUCACGCCCCGCCACCCCAGGAAGCCAAAGAAGAAGUACCCACAAACACACCCCGUCAACCACCACCGCCGCCGCCGCCGCCGCCGCCGCCCCCUCCAUCAGGGGCCAACAAAACUCCCGCCGGCGUCACCAGAAUUCCCCGACCCGAAGUCGUUAAGCCGCCACGGCCUUCUGUCGCUGAGAGGAGCCUUCGCCCCCCUGACAGGGCCAGCGACAGCCCCGCCCCGAGGGUACGUCGCAGUGAGGGCGAGGAGGCGGCCACGCUGCGCCGCCUGGAGGAGGUGCUGACGGGGAUCCUGGACCGUGGCGGCGCGGCCCCGACGCUCCGGGCCACGCGCUCCGAAGAAAACUUGAUGGAGAGCCUGAGAGCCGCGGGGCAGGAGCUGAGGGCGCCGAAGGGCAUCUUGAAAAAGAGUCCAGUCAAGCCCAGCCGCUACGAGCAGGAGCAUCGCGAGGCCCUGCAGGACUCCCGCGCCCUGCUGGAGCAGCUGCCGCGCGGCGAGCUGCAGCGUCACAAGAUCGUGCUGCGGGUGCCCUCCUUCAGGACGGCGGGCUGCCAGACUGAAGCCUCGAGGCCGCUGCGGCGCCGCGCCUCCUGCGCCCAGACCGGCCUGGGCACCUCCCCGAGGCUCAGGGACGCGGCUGACACCACCACCAUAGCCCCCACCCCCGCCCCGACGUCCUCCUCUUCCUCCUCUUCUUCCUCCCGUUCCUCAUUGACGGAACGUUCCUGGAAGAAGUCCGCCGUCCUUGAAUCGUCAUCCUCAUCGUCAGGAUACUCCAGCCCUGAGGUGAGCAGCAAGGCGGCCUCGCCCUCACACUCCGGCCCACCCUCGCCGGCCUCAUCCUCGGUGGGUGUAAGUGACGAAGAGGAACGGAGGCGGCGGCGGCGCGCGAAGGACACCAACGUGACGGUCAUUGAGGUGAACAAGAACAUCAGCGAGACGUCCCCGCGGCGCCCGCCCCUGUGGCAGGGCCUCGACGCUGUGCCGCCACCACGCCCGCCCAAACCUUACCGCCUGCGGCCACUGUCCGACGCCGGGACACUCCUGGGCAGCCGCGGCGGCUUGCUGGUGCCCGUGCCGCGCCGCGCCGCCCAGCUGCCCCUGUACGAGGACGUGUUCGGGCUGGCGGCGCUCACCGAGAACGUGAUGCUGCUCACCGAGGCCAUCAACCCCGUGCUGGUGCACACGCGCGGCACCGACGCCCCCGCCGCCGCGCCGCCGCCCGCCUUCGCCGCCCCCACCGGGCCUCGGGUGGUGGACGUCAUACCGAAGGCGACGCACGCCAAGCUGUGGGACGGGCGAACGGCCUAUCUGCCCCGCCCCCGCCCCGCACUCCGCACCCACAGCCUCUCCCUGCCCCGCCCUUCGCCCAAGCCCCGCCCGCCGCCCCCUAGAGUCGUGAGGAGGGUCGCCGAGCACACCCCCGAGGAGGAAGACGAGGAGGAGGCGACGCCGAGCCCCGAGUCCUCCACCGCUGCCUACCUCGCCUCGCUAGAGCUGCUGGCCUCACACUACCGCCACCAGGCCCUGGCCAACGCCAAGCAACUACAACUGCAACAACAACUUCUCAUGCAACAGCAGAGACAACAACAAACACAACAACAACAGCAACAAAACACACACGACUCUGGAGAGAUGGCGAUCUUUGACGAGGAGGAGGAGGACGAAGAGGAAGAGGAGGAGGAGGUCAACCCGAGAGAGAAGACUCAGCCUCCACUACGACCCUCUUCUGAGCCUUACCUGGAGUCACCUGUGAAGGAAGAAAGUCAAUGCUAACCUGCAGGAGGAGGAGGAGGAGGAGGAGGAGAAGGAGGAGGAGGAAGAGAGAUGGAAAUAUGGAAAAUCAGGCAACAGAAAGCUUAUUGUCUCAUUACGAGGUUGCCCGCUGUGGUGAUUUAGUCUGCUCGACAGCCAUUUCGUACCCUGAGAGCAGCUGAAAGCACUCCAGUAUUCAGUUUACUCUUGACGCAACGAAAUGUCGGUCGAUUCAGUUUUUGAAGUUGAUGGUAUUCGCACUGACUACUUCUGCAGGGAGGUUAUUCCAAUGGCAGAUGAUUUAGUUAAAAAAAUUAAUUCCCGCUAAUGUCUUUACUUCAUCGCCUCGCUUGAAUAGGUAGACUGUUAUUUCUAGUUUUUAGUUGAUUUACAUCUCAGAGAACUUGGAGACGACUGAGAAGAAAAAUCACAAAGGAAGAAAACAGACGUCAUAAAUUUGUGCUCUUUAGAACGUAUGGAAUAUUAAGAAAAACAUAAUUUUGCGUAAACGGGAAAGAAAAACGGGGAAGGAGAAAAAUUACGAAGAAAAUAGACGUUAAAAUGUGUGUGUGUGUGUUCUAGAAGUUAUGGAGUUUUAAAAGAAUGCAGACUCACAACUUAACAUUAAAAAGGAGGAAACAUAACGAGGGAAAAUUGCCGUGAUAAUGUGUGUGUUUUAAGAAUUUAUGGAGUUUCGGGAUAUACAAUAGACAUAAUUUUCAGCAAACAGAAAAGAAGAAAGAAACCGACCAAGAAAAAUACGAGGGAAAAUAAUAAUAAAGUGUGCGUUAGAACUUAAGAGAAUAUACCAGGUGUUCGCAGGUAAUAGAGCACAGUUAUCACACCUUCGCUUAGCCCCCUGACAACUGUGCACACGAGGAGGUAACGCGAGCAGGUGAACAGGUGAACAUGUGCGUGUAAGAAGGUUCCUUAUAUUGCAUGCUCGUCCCUUGCACCUUGCCGCUUCAUUUGUGUACGGUGAUAGCUUCUUUAAACCAAGGUGUGCAGCGUGGCGUUCUUGAGUGUGUGUGUGUGUGUGUGUGUGUGUGUGUGUGUGUGUGUGUAGUGAUGGUUUUGUGUUCUUGUUGUGGAUUUUUGUUGUGUUGCUGUACUGUGUUGUGUUAGUGUGUUGUUUUGUGUUUAGUGUUGCCUCGCUUAAGUGUUCGGGAAGAAUAGAAAAAAACAGAUAAUGUAGUAAAGAAAAUAAUCAAUUGAAAAGGAGAAAGUGAGUGUAUAAGAUAAAGAGUCUUAUACUAAAGAGAUGAAUAGGAAUAAGAGAUAUAAAGUAACAGAGAAAAGGAAAAAAAUAAACAAAGAAACGGAAAUUGAGAAAGAAAAAUGAAAAUAAACAAAGAAAAUAACAAAAUAAAGAAAAUAUAGAGAUAGACAGAAAGAAAGAAAAGACAAGAAAGAAGAAAGAAAAUAAGGAUAUUAAAGUAAAAUGAGAGACAAAGAGACGAAUAUUAAAGAAGCAGAAAAAUAUGAUAAAAAAUAAACCAAAUAAAAAUGAUAUAAAGAAAACAGGCUCAUCGCUAGUAUACCAAAGUCUACCACGAACCAAACCAACAAAAAACGGGAAGCUAGUAACGUAAGAGGAUAAAAUAGCUUAGUUAUUACGAAAGAAAACGGAACUGAACUGUCAAUUAUUAUCUUCGUCUAGGUGUGUGUGUGUGUGUGUGUGUGUUUUGUUAUGUAGUUUAUCAUAUCAAUAUUAUUAUAGGUAUUUUAUGGACUCGAUGGAGGUGGAAUAAGGUGGAUGAGGUGGAUAAUAAUGUGGGUGUAGAAUGUGGAUGUUUACUUUUCACUUCCAUAACACACACACACACACACACACACACACACACACACACACACACACACACACUUGGCACUAAC